AUGCGCGCUCUCUUCCACUACAUCCGCAACGACCUCGUCCCCAGCCUCCCGACUUCCCCGCCAGACGAGUGGCUCGAGCUGAAGCGUACGGGCAAGUACCUCUCGACGCCAUACUCGCGGAACAAGGUGCUGUUCGGGACCGUCAGUGAGAAACUGUGGCGUCAUUUUCCGCUCCAGGCUAGGACCAGGACCGACGCUGGCUACUGGAAGUAUUUGUUCCGGGUCGUUGAAGGAGAGAAAUCACUGUCAUUGUCGUCGCCACAGAAUCAACAUAAUGAUGAUGAUGGUGCUGGGGGUAAUCGUGAAACAAGCACACCGCCAACCUCCUCCGGCGUCCCGUCCUCCGGCGUCCCUCUCCUUCCACCAGGCUACGAAUUCGGCCCCAUGCGCCCGUCAGACCUGCAGACCGUGCUGGACCGCACGCCCAUCCCGCGCACCCUGGCCACCCUGCGCCAGUUCGUCUCCCUCGGCCUGUUCCGCCGAGACGAACAACCAAGCCCCGGUCCCGGGCGGGGUCCAGCCGUCGGCUGGGGGUUCCUGGGUAAAGACGCCAGUCUGUCCAGCCUGCACACCGAGCCCGAGCAUCGUGGCAAAGGCCUGGCUGUGGCGUUGGGCCGCGAGCUCUUGAGACGCCAGCACGUUGUGUCUCCUUCGGAUGCCGCGGCGGAGGCGGAGGCGGAAGUGGAGGAGGAAAAAGAGGGAGAGAUAUCACACGGUGACGUUGGACGCGGACGCGGGAAUAGAUCGAGAUAUCCGACAAUAGACUACUCCCGCAGCACCACCAGCGCCAAACCCUUCGCCUGGGCCCACGCAGACGUCUCCCAAUCUAACACGGCGAGCCGGCGCGUCAUGGAGAAACUGGGCGGCAUGGCCCUGUGGAUGGUCAUGUGGACCGAGGUGGACAUGGAGAAGAUGCUGUCCUCGUCGGGGUCCUCGUCGUUGGCGUCAUGA